AUGUUACCGGAUCCAGUGACGGUUGAAAUCCCAAAGUCCUACGAAUCCCUCCCCGUCAAGGACAUCAAAGUAUCGCAUUAUCCGGAACACGCACCGGAGGCCACCCCCGUCGUGGUGGUGACGUUGAACCGUCCCAGGCAAGGCAAUGCCUUCACAGUCCAGAUGAUGCGCGACUUCGAAAUGGUGUAUCCCAUGUUCGACCUCGACGAAAGGGUCAAAUGCGUCGUCAUCACGGGAGCUGGCAAGAUGUUCUGCGCCGGUGCAGAUCUGGACAUUGGGUUUCCUAGCGGGGGAGAAAGGGAGAGAUUGGUGGAUCACCGCGACAGUGGCGGCCGGCUCAACCUGUGCAUCUACCGAUGCCGGAAACCAACCAUCGUCGCCAUGAACGGAUCCGCCGUUGGUCUGGGUAUGACCUUGAGCUUGUCGGCGGCCAUCAGAAUCGCCCACGCCUCGUCCAAGUAUGGCUUUGUUUUUGCCAGACGUGGUAUCACCAUGGAGUCGAACUCGUCUUUCUUCCUCCCAAGGCUGAUCGGACACUCGAAUGCCCUGUAUCUGCUCACGACGGGCGACGUCUACCGAGGCGAUUCAAAACAUUUCGGAAGCCUGUUCCAAGAGGUGAUCGAGGAUCAGGCCGGUGUGUUGAAAAGAGCACUUGAGCUGGCAACCACCAUUGCGGAGAAGACGAGUGUAUUGGCUGGAUUCAUGAACCGGGAGCUGAUGUGGAGGGGGAAGCCAUCCGCCGAGGAGACUCAUCUUCUCGACAGUGCGGUCCUCUACCACAUGUUUGCCAAUCCCGAUUGCAAGGAAGGCGUACAGAGCUUUAUGGAAAAGCGGCAGCCGAAAUUCUCUGCAACCCUUGAGCAAGACGGACCGCCCUUGUACCCGUGGUUUAGCGAGGUGGACACUGGGUCAAGACCUCGCGUCCACCCAUCAAGCAAGCCAAAACUGUAG